GGGAAGUGGAAACGGCAACCCUAGUCUAGUGCCACUUUGUCGGCACCCUCACACCGAAGCCGAACUGAACCUCCCUCCGUCCGUAUCGUCGCCUAUCUUUACCAUCACGUGGUAUAUGUAUCUGCGGGGCAGGGAGACUGUGUCGGCCUUCCUCCGCUGUGGCUGGCAAUUUCUACCUCUGGCUGUUAUCGUGUUUGUUCGAGGUUCCGAAGUCGUAUCUGCAGUUCAACACGGAACAUCCCAUCAACAUGUCAUAGCUUCGUAGAGGGAACCACCAUCUCCUCGCCUAACCAUCUAGCGAAAACCAAUCUUUAUGUCGUGCCGUAGAGGGAAGAUAUACUGAGCAUGUCCGACCCCAAUAGCCCGGCGCGUCGGCGGAGAGGUGGGGACUUCCGGGCGAGAAGCGGUUGCCGCACAUGCAGAGGACGCCAUGUGAAAUGUCCCGAACAACAUCCAAUAUGCGAUCACUGUCAGCGUUUGGGACUAGCCUGUCAAUAUGAAGUCAAACUAAGUUGGCAAGCCGCCUCGAAAUGGGAGCUGCUGCAGCUAAGCUUUUCCAGAAGACAUUCAUCAUCAUCAAAUAUUGAUGGAGAUGCUCAAGAGUGGAUGUUUCUAAACAGUCACGCACAUGACUUUGAAGGUACAUCUGCCGGGGUCAUCAUCGACAUGCCGGUGCAUGAAACGUCAACCAAAUUGGCACGCAAGAUACUCUCAGACAAAAUCUCGAGGUAUUCGUCAUCAUCACCACGUUUCACUUUGUCUCCAAUUGGUUUGCACGAUAAAGAAGCCCAUUUGUGGCACUAUUUCGACCAGUUCAUAGCUCCACGAUGUGUCGUGAGUUGUGAUAAAAAUCCAUACCGUCAGAUCAUUCUUCGAAUUGCAGCAUCAUCGCCGGACGGCCCGGUCAUGCAGGCCAUCUUGGCCGCGUCAGCCCAACAAAUGCAGGUGUUGGGGCAUGGCGAAAGUACUGUCCUAAUCUGGGAUCAUCGAAACCGAGCUCUGGAACUAUUGCGCGGCCACGUGUUCGCCUACUCGGAAGCCGAUGUGAAGACGAAUGCGAAACGUAUGCUUGCCCAAGAAAUCAUGGCUUCCACAAUGAUGAUGUGUUUCUUCGAGAUCCUACAUGAUUGCUCAGAUGCUUGGAAAGUUCAUGCCAAUUUCGGCAAAUCUUUCUUGAUGAAUGAGCUGGUAUCAAACCAAGCCAUAUCAUCUGACUCCAGUGAACUUUUUGACUUCGCUGCUGCCUACUUCACAUAUCAUGACGCCCUUGCUUCAACUGCUGGAACGAAUCCGGUGACUCAAGACAGCACCAGCAGCCUCUGUCAUCUCCUCUACAGCAAGGGAUCUGCGCUUGAAAGCCUUUCAGGCUGCUCAAGGCGUCAGACAUCUCUAUUAUCUGAAAUUUCAGACCUCACCAGCCAUGCUUCCUGUGGUGCUGGCGGCGCACUACAGAGCGACGAUGACAUUCUUGAAAGGACGAAUUCCUGGCACCAAAAGCGAGAUGCAAUCGAAAGAAACUUGCACCUAUUGAAGGACACAUCAGUUCCAUCAUCAAGCGAACUAUCUCCCAAGUCUGCAAAAGAAGAAAAUUCCUGGUUAGUCUCAGAGCUGAAAAGACUCACGUGCCUGUUGUACUUUUACGCGAGAGUUGACGACUCAAACCCUUCGGAUGCACACAUGAUCAGACUCACAGGCAAGAUCUUAGGACUUCUUCCGUAUACCUCUCUUCAGACAAAUACUGUUCUUUGGCCACUUUUUAUAGUUGCGACACUUGGAGUCCGCUCAGAAUCUGAUAGCGACAGGAAGUUGAUACUGAAGCGACUACACUUAUUACAACAAACACGGCAGUUAGGAAACGUCAGAAAAGCGAGGCUAAUCGUUGAGAAUGUUUGGAAAGCACGAGAUAUUGACUCUUGUAACGGAAAGCAAGGAUGGGCUAUUUUAGAGGGGCGCUAUGAUGCCAUAAGUCUGGCUUAAUUCCAGUUGAUUCCUGGUCUUCAUGCAAUUUGCUGUAUCUUUUUCACUGUUAUUUGCAAAGUUCCUUCGGGGAUUGUCCCUUGGCCUACAUACUCAAGUGGU